UAUGAGUUGGCACUCAAUCCCGAUAUUCAGGACCUGUUGGUGGCGGAGACCAAAGAGGCGUUCAAUGAAAACACGGCAGACAUAGACUACGAAACCCUUUGCCGACUCCCACUCCUCGACGCCGUUAUAUCGGAAACUCUACGACAUUAUACGCCAUUUGUUAGGCUUGAGAGGGAGGCCAUGGAGGACGUGGUAUUGAGCGCUGGUAGCGAUGGGUUUGAUUUAAAAAUUGAAAAAGGGAUAUUAACCCAAAUCCCUGUUUACGCUAUACAUCACGACCCGGACUACUAUCCCGACCCGUUUGCCUUCAAACCCGACCGGUUUUUACCUGAAAAUCGUCAUAACAUCAAACCCUAUACAUACCUACCGUUCGGCUCCGGACCCCGUAAUUGCAUUGGUAUGCGCUUUGCAUUACUUGAGGUCAAAUUAGCUUUGGUCCAAAUGAUACAACAAUUCCGGGUCUAUCGGGUGCCCAACACCGAUGUGCCCGUUAUUUUCAAUAAAGCUCGUGAUAAUUUACAGGCCAAAAGGCUUGUGGUGGGCGUAUCUAAACGCAAAUGGUAUCGUAUACUGAAUUACUGGUCGGACCGUAAUAUCUCGGGUCCGAAACCCUUACCAUAUGUGGGCAACAGAUUAAGUCAUGUCCUGAGGCCGAGACCAGUGGUUGAGAUGGAGUGGUAUAAGACUUACGGCCGACUCUUUGGUUUAUAUGCAAUGCUGGGAAAGCCGGCCCUAUCGGUGGCGGACCCGGUGCUCAUCAAACAGAUUCUAGUGAAAUAUUUUUACAAAUUCCGUAACCGAAAGCCGGCGUUGAGUACGAGUCCUAUCUUCUCGAAGAUUAUGUUCAGCGCCAGAGAUGACGACUGGAAACGGAUCCGAGCCAUAGCCAGCCCUACAUUCACUUCAGCCAAACUUAAGCGCAUGUAUCCACUCAUCAACGAGUGUUGCCGUGACUUCUUGGCCGCACUUCACACAGACGUGUCCACCGGUCGACGGGAAGUGGACUUAAAGCAAGUGAUGGGCGCUUUUACUAUGGAUGUGAUCGCCAGCUGUGCGUUUGGCACUAAAACCAACACCUAUUACGAGCCAAACAAUCGGUUCAUUACUGCGGCAAACCAUGUGUUUAACCAAAACCCGUGGAAAGUAAUGGCGUCAAUGAUUUUACCGACAUUUAUAACCACUUCAUGGAUGUAUAGCGUUGUUACAAAUGCCAGAAAUGACACAACAAUGUCGGACGUAAUGUUUUUAAUCAACGUCACCACACAAUUGAUGGCUGAGCGCAAAAAGUCGGGCAAAAAAUACAAUGAUUUCCUGCAACUGCUUAUGGAUGCGGAGAGAGAGGACAACACGACUACCGGUGCCGGCGAUGCUAUGUCUGGACACCACUCGAGCGAAGGCGUCGACGAACUAAUGGCAGAGAGACAGGCGUUGAGUGGAGUCGUGGAGAAGAAGUUAACCGAAAAUGAAAUCCUCGCCCAAUGUUUCCUCGUAUUUGUGGCCGGCUUUGAGACAACGGCCCAAACGCUGUCGUUCUGUACGUAUGAGUUGGCACUCAAUCCCGAUAUUCAGGACCUGUUGGUGAAGGAGACCAAAGAGGCGUUCAAUAAAAACACGGCAGACAUAGACUACGAAACCCUUUGCCGACUCCCACUCCUCGACGCCGUUAUAUCGGAAACUCUUCGCAAUUAUCCGCCAACUCUUAAGCUGGAGAGGGAGGCCAUGGAGGACGUGGUGCUGAGCGAUGGGUCAGAGGUUAAGAUCGAGAAGGGAGUGAUGGCAGAGAUACCGGUGUAUGCCAUACAUCACGACCCCGAUCACUAUCCCGACCCGUUUGCCUUCAAACCCGACCGAUUUUUGCCUGAAAAUCGCCAUAACAUCAAACCCUAUACAUACCUGCCGUUCGGCGCCGGACCCCGUAAUUGCCUGGGCAUGAGGUUUGCAUUACUUGAGGCCAAACUAGUGUUGGCCAAAAUGAUACAACAAUUCCGUUUCUAUUCGGUGCCCAACACUGAUGUGCCCGUUGUGUUCAAUGCGGGUCGCGAUCUGUUACAGGCAAAGAGACUUCCAUGGGUGGAUAUGGAGUGGUAUAAGACUUACGGCCGACUCAUUGGAGUAUAUCAUAUGCUGGGAAAGCCGGCCCUAAUAGUGUCGGAGCCGGAGCUCAUCAAACAGAUUCUGGUGAAAAACUUUCACAACUUCCGUAACCGACGGCCAGCGCCCGGAGGGGGCGGUGUCUUCAGAAAGAAUAUGUUUGACUCGAGGGAUGACGACUGGAAACGGAUCCGAGCCAUAGCCAGCCCUACAUUCACUUCUGGUAAACUCAAACACAUGUAUCCACUCAUCAACGAGUGUUGCCGUGAAUUUGUGGCCGAUUUGGACCGAAAAGUGUCCGCCGGUCUCAACGAAGUGGAGUUAAAGCAACUGAUGGGCGCCUACACUAUGGAUGUGAUCGCCAGCACAGCCUUUGCUACCAAAACGGACACCUAUUCCGACCCAAACGACCGGUUUAUAACUACAGCCAACGCUUGUUUCAAUAGAAAUCCGUGGAAAAUAUUGUUGGGAACACUAUUACCGACGUUUGUGACCCGAAACCCGAUUUAUAAGGCGGUUAUGUUUGCCGGGAGUCCUGAUGUCAUGUUUUUCAUUGACGUCACCAAACGUUUGAUGUCUGAGCGCAAGAAAUCGGGUAAAAAACACAACGAUUUUCUACAGUUGCUGAUAGACGUGGAGAGAGAGGACAGUAAUAACGAGCGGACAGUGAAAACGGGUCCGGAGGCCAGCGCUGCGGCCGAAGGACAGGAUGUGAAUGAAGGCGUCGAUGAACUGAUGGCAGAGAAACAGGCGUUGAGUGGAGUCGUGGAGAAGAAGUUAACCACAGAUGAAAUCCUCGCCCAAUGUUUCCUCUUUAUUAUCGCCGCUUUUGAGACGACAUCAACUGCUCUGUCGUAUUGUGUCUAUGAGUUGGCACUCAAUCCCGAUAUUCAGGACCAAUUGGUGGCGGAGACCAAAGCGGCGUUCAAUGAAAACACGGCAGACAUAGACUACGAAACCCUUUGCCGACUCCCACUCCUCGACGCCGUCUUAUCGGAAACCCUACGACAUUAUCCGCCAGUACUUAGACUGGAGAGGGAGGCCAUGGAUGACGUGGUGUUGACCAGAGAUACCGAUGGAUCAAAGUUUAAGAUCGAGAGGGGAGUGAUUGUAGAGAUGCCGGUGUAUGCCAUACAUCACGACCCGGAUUACUAUCCCGACCCGUUUGCCUUCAAACCCGACAGGUUUUUGCCCCAAAAUCGCCAUAACAUCAAACCCUAUACAUACCUACCGUUCGGCUCCGGACCCCGUAAUUGCAUUGGUAUGCGUUUAGCACUGCUUGAGGCCAAACUUGCCCUGGUCAAAUUGACUUUACAAUACAAGUUUUAUCGGGUGACAGACACUGAUGUGCCCGUUGUGUUUAAUAAGGCUCGCGAUGGUCUACAAGCAAAGAGACUUUUUGGACUCAAAUGGAGUCGUCUAUUAACCUACUGGAAGCGGCACAAUAUCUCUGGCCCGAGAGCCCUACCCUUUGUGGGCAACAAUUUAAGCCACAUGUUUAAGCCAAAGCCUUAUGUGGAGAUGGAGUGUGUGUACGAUUUGGGUAAACCAAGUCUAACGGUUGCGGACCCGGAGCUCAUCAAACAAAUCCUGGUGAAAGACUUUCACAUAUUUCGCAACCGUAAGCCCAGCGUAGCUCGGGAUCAGCUCUUCUCGAAGAUCAUGUUCAGCUCCAGGGAUGACGACUGGAAGCGGGUGCGGGCCAUAGCCAGCCCUACAUUCACUUCAGGCAAACUGAAACGCCUGUACCCUAUGAUCAACGAGUGUUGCCGCGACUUUUUGGCCAAUUUGGACAGCGAUGUGACCGGCGGUAAAUCGCAGGUCGAGUUGAAGCAACUGAUGGGCGAUUACACGAUGGAUGUGAUCGCCAGCUGCGCCUUCGCCACCAAAACCAACACCUAUUCCGACCCAAACAACGCGUUCGUCACGAAAGCCAACGCUGUGUUUAAUAGCAAUCCGAUCAAGAUGUUAAUGAAUCGCAUGUUACCCGCGUAUGUGACCGAGAACUGGGUCUAUAAGCGAGUGGUCAACAGGGGUUCGUCUGAUGCCAUGUUUUUCAUCGAAGUUGUCAUAAAAAUAAUGGCUGAGCGCAAGAAAUCGGGCAAAAAAAAUAAUGAUUUCCUACAGCUGUUGAUGGAUGUGGAGAGAGAGGACAAUAAUAAUGACAAUCACGCCGUGAAAGUGGCCGCCGAGUCGUCGGCCACCGAUGGGGCGGCCGAAGGGCAUCACGUGAACGAAGGCGUCGACGAACUGAUGGCAGAGAAACAGGCGUUGAGUGGAGUCGUGGAGAAGAAGUUAACCACUAAUGAAAUACUCGCCAAUUGUUUUCUCUUCUUUAUCGCCGGCUUCGAGACGACGGCCACAACUCUGUCGUACUGUACGUAUGAGUUGGCACUCAAUCCCGAUAUUCAGGACCGGUUGGUGGCGGAGACCAAAGAGGCGUUCAAUGAUAAGGGAGACAUCGACUACGAUAUCCUGUCCCGACUCCCAUACCUCGACGCCGUUAUAUCGGAAACACUUCGUAAUUAUCCGCCAGUAGUGAGGCUGGAGAGGGAGGCCAUGGAGGACGUGGUGCUGACCGGUGGUAGCGAUGGCGCAACGUUUAAGAUGGAAAAGGGAGUGAUUGCUGAACUACCAGUGUAUGCGAUACAUCACGACCCCGAUCACUAUCCCGACCCGUUUGCUUUCAAACCCGAACGGUUUUUGCCCGAAAAUCGCCAUAACAUCAAACCCUAUACAUACCUGCCGUUCGGCUCCGGACCCCGUAAUUGCAUUGGUAUGCGCUUUGCGCUGCUUGAAGCUAAAUUGGCCCUGGCCAAAAUUACACAAAAAUUCCGGUUCUAUCGGGUGCCCGACACCGAUAUACCGGUUAUUUUCACUCCAUUUGUCGGAACAGGUUUAUUAAUGGCCAAACGGCUUAUUGUAGGCGUUGAAAAACCACCCAUACUAACAGUGGCCGACCCGGUGCUCAUCAAACAAAUUCUGGUAAAAGACUUUUACAAAUUCCGUAACCGACGUCCAGUGCCGGGCAAAGGGUGCGGCAUCUUCUCGAAGACAAUGGUCACAGCGAGGGAUGACCACUGGAAACGGAUCCGAGCCAUAGCCAGCCCUACAUUCACUUCAGCCAAACUCAAACACAUGUAUCCACUCAUCAACGAGUGUUGCCGUGACUUCUUGACCGCACUCGACAGAGAUGUGUCCACCGGUCGGACGGAAGUGGAUGUAAAGCGAGUGAUGGGCGCCUAUACUAUGGAUGUGAUCGCCAGCUGUGCCUUUGCCACCAAAACCAAACCCUAUUCAAACACAAACAAC